GUCUUGACGGUGUAAGAGGAAGGAACUGCUGCUCGUCUCUGUGCGGGCCCCAGCACACCUGUUUUGACGGACACCCAUAAUCUGAAUAUUAAAUCAUAGUCGUGGAUUUUAAUCAAACAGGCAUGGCGUGGGUGACGUGGGCGGCGGUGGUCGCUGCCCUCGCCGGUGUGGCAGCAAGCACAGGGACCUACAGCGUGGUGGCGCCGCGGAUUCUGCGGCCGAACAGGGACUACCAUGUGGUCGUGUCCACGCACGGCACCGCCAAGCCGGUCAAAGUCAACGUGGAGGUCGGAGGUCAGCAGGACUCGGGCGGGGUCAUCCUCAAUCGCCAGCUGGCUGACCUCCAGCCGGACUCCUCGCAAGUCCUCAAUUUCCAGAUCGGUGACCUUGGGCCGGGUCAGUACAACCUAACCGUGAGCGGGUAUGAGGGUCUGACCUUCAGCAACACCACCGCUCUCCAGUACGUCCACAAGUCCUACUCGGUCUUCAUCCAAACCGAUAAGUCGAUCUACAAGCCAGGCGACCUCCUGCAGUUCCGUGUGAUCGUGGUCAACCCGCAGCUCCGGCCGUCCGUGACCGGGGCCAUCGAUGUGUUCAUUACGGACGGCAAGGGGCACCGCGUGAAGCAGUGGAAGCGCGUCUUCACCAACAAGGGCGUGUGGUCGGGCGAACUCCUGCUGGCGGAGGAGCCGGUGCUGGGCCGCUGGAACAUCACCGUCGACGUCCUCGGGCAGACGACCUCGCGCUUCUUCGAGGUCGCCUACUACGUCCUGCCCAAGUUCGAGGUGGUGGUCGACCUCCCCGAGUACGCGACGUUCGACCAGAAGGAGUUCACGGCGACGGUCAACGCGAAAUACACCUACGGUCGGCCUGUGAAGGGAGAGGUGACGCUGCAGGUGACGCCCACCUACAAGUACGGCUACCUGCAGGCGCCGUACGAUGACCCGAUCCGCGUGGUCAAGCAGAUCAAGGGCAAGACGGACAUCACCAUCAACCUCGAAGGAGAUGCCAGACUGAAGGGCGACUACGCUCGCGAGCUGGAGGUGACGGCGUACGUGCAGGAGGAGCUGACGGGGCGCGUGCAGAACUCCACCGCGCACGUGACUGUGUACCGCUACCCGUACCGCAUGUCGCUCGUCCGCACCUCGGAUAGCUUUAAGCCCGGCCUCAAGUACACCGCCUAUCUGAAGGUGUCGUACCAGGACGACACGCCCGUCACGUCCGGCGAGGUGACGGUGCGGCACACCUUCACGCGCGACGCCGAGGGCUUCAUCGAGACGACGCACGAGAUCCCGGCCUCUGGCGUCGUCACGCUGGACUUCCAGCCGCCCCUGGACGACGACGUGGUGAGCCUGGCCCUGGAGGCGCGCUUCCAGGAGCUCACGCAGUGGCUCGGCGAGAUCACCAGGGCGCAGAGUCCUACCGACGCCUUCCUGCAGGUCACCCUCCUCACGCAGGAGCCCAAGGUCGGAGAAGACGUCGACCUGAUGCUCACCACCACCAAACCGGUCGGCGAGGAGGUGGUCGUGGGCCUGAACGCCACGCAGCCCCUCAUCUACUUCGUGUACCAGGUGCUGGGGCGCGGCGACGUGCUCUUCGCCCAGACGCUGCAGGCCCACCAGGGGACCACGCACAACUUCAGGUUCAUCGCCACCGCCGCCAUGGCCCCGCGCGCCCGCCUCGUCGUCUACUACGUGCAGGAAGACGGCGAACUCGUGGCCGAUUCCCUCCACUUCACCGUCUCCGGAGCCAUCCAGAAUCACGUGUCUGUCAGCGUGUCUCCGAAGACUGUGGACGCGGGCGGCGACGUGGCCAUCACCGUCACCACGAAGCCCAACGCCUUCGUGGGCGUCCUGGCGGUGGACCAGCGGUCUCUCAUCCUCGGGAACGAAAACCAUCUGACGCAGGACGACGUGAUACAAGAGCUGGAGGACUACGACCCGGGCCGCGAGAACCUGGAGGUGUGGCACUCCCUGCACCGGCAGAAGCGGGCGCUGUUCAACUGGCACGGCACCACCACCGCCAACGACGUCUUCCAGAACGCGGGUGUAGUCGUGCUUACCAACGGACUCGUUUACGACUUCAACCCAUUCUUGUACUACCGCACGGUCCUGGACGACCCGCGGGACCUGAGGGCCAUGGAGUCCCGCGUCCCCGAGGCGGCCCUGGCGCAGGGACCCCCCGUGGCUGCGCGCACAAAAUUCCCCGAGACCUGGGUCUUCACGGCGGCCGACUCCGGGGUUGUCGGAGUGCCCUCGGCACCUUUCCUCUCUCUUCUUCGUAAUUCUUCACUUCGACGAAGGCGUCUUGCAAGGCUGAAACUUUUCCUUGGAGACCUCGUCAUUAACAUACUGGGCAUGAAGGGCGCCGUGCCGCUCGACACGGCGGCCGCUCCUGAACCUCUCCGCGAGACGAGUCGUGUGACAGGGAAGUUGCCGCCAGGGGAGGGCCCCGUCGACGGCUCCGCGUGGGACCCCCACCGGCGACCUGCAGCUGUUAACGGUUCCUUCGGGAGGGAGUUCGCACCUGUGGGAGCGACCACCCUGCGCCCCGACCUGGGCCCUGGCCUUGCCUAUAACGCCCCGACCAGACCACCCUUGGCUGGUCCCUAUGCCUUCUCCUUCUUGCCGCCUCCCCCGGACAGCCGCCCGAGGCUCUACCUCCACCAGGCCGUCCCUCCCACGUGGCUCUUCCGAGACGCGGAGACAAAGUUCAACGGCGUCGUGACCCUCCGGGAGAAGGCCCCUGACGCCAUGACCUCCUACAUGGUGUCCGCUUUCGCCGUCGACGACUUCUUCGGCCUCGGGGUGUCCCAGAGGUCAGCCAAGCUGCGCGUCUUCCGGCCGUUCUUCACGUCACUGCACCUUCCGGAGGCCGGCGUGGUGCGUGGCGAGGCCGUGGCGGUGGAGAUGGUCGUCUUCAACUACGGAGAGAGUGACGUCAUCGCCGACGUCAUGCUCGACAACCCUGGCGACUUCCUCUUCGCGGACUUCGCCAACGAGAUCGACCAGGGAUCUCCGUCCAAGAGCAAGCAGCGGCAGGUGAAGGUCGCCUCGGGCAGCGGCGCCCCCGUCAGCUUCAUGAUCGUCCCGCACACGCUGGGCAACAUCCCCAUCAAGGUCACUGCCACGACGGACGGCGCCGUGGACGUGGUCGUCAAGCAGCUUCUGGUGAAGCCCGAGGGAUCGCGCAUAACGGUGAAUAAGGCCAUCCUGCUGGACCUGAGGUCGCAGCCCUCCGUCAGCACCAGCAUCAACAUCACUCAUCCGCCCAACAUCGUCAACGACUCCAAGGCCAUCCAAGUCUCCGUCAUCGGUGACAUCCUUGGCGCGGCCGUGUCGGACCUGCACAGCCUGCUGGAGCUCCCGACGGGCUGCGGCGAGCAGAACAUGGCCAAACUCGUCCCCAACAUCGUGCUCAUGGAGUACCUCAAGAACAAGAACCAGCUGAGCGAGGACUUGCAGGGCCGAGCGCGACGGCAUCUGGAGACCGGAUAUCAGCACCAGCUGUCCUUCAGGCAUGACGAUGGCUCUUUCAGCGCCUUCGGGAUGCGAGACGAGUCGGGCAGCACGUGGCUGACCGCCUUCGUGGCCAAGUCCCUCGCCGAGGCCUCGAGGCACAUCGAGAUCGAGGAGGAGGUGGUGCAGCAGGCCGUGGAGUGGCUGACGCAGCUGCAGCAGGUGGACGGCAGCUUCAAGGAAGUCGGCACCGUUAACAACGAGGCCAUGCAGGGAGGGUCCGGGAAGGGCGUCUCGCUCACGGCCUAUGUGCUCAUCGCCCUCCUGACGGUCGAGAACCCCCCGUCGGCCAAGGUUCGAAACGCGGUGAACCGAGCCGUAGACUUCUUGGCGAGCAACAUUGACGAAAUCGAGGACGUGUACAACCUGGCCAUCAGCACGUACGCCCUCCACCUUGCCGACCACCCUCAGCGUGACACCGCCUUCUACAAGCUAGAGGGCAAGGCCGAGGUCAAAGACGAGCAGAAGUGGUGGGUGUGGCAGCCCCUGGACGUGAACCUGGAGACCACCGUGGAGUCGCGGCCUCUCGACGUGGAGACCACCAGCUAUGGCCUCCUCACCUACGUGCUCAGGGGCCUCACGCGCGACGCCAUCCCCAUCAUGAGGUGGCUGACGAGGCAGAGGAACCAGUACGGAGGAUUCCAGUCCACGCAGGACACCGUCGUGGGCAUGGCCGCGCUGGCCGCCCUCGCCGAGCGCCUCACGACCACUGACCCGCAGGUGAACGUCAGGCUCAUCUACGGCGCUCGGGGCAAGAACGUGCAAGUCACGAGGGAUAACACUAUGUUGCUUCAGCGUGUGGAGCUGCCAGCGGACACCGACAAAGGGGUCACGGCUCGCACACGGGCCAACCGCCCACAACGCACGACACGACCGGAACCGCCUGCCCUCACCGCCUGCACGGGAUACACGGGAGGAAACAACAGCAACAUGGCCGUGAUGGACGUCUCGCUUCCCUCGGGCUAUAUUGUCGACAACGAUCUUAUUCCCGGUCUGUACGACUACUCGGGCGUGAAACUUGUGGAGAAGAAGAGCGACGACUCGGGCGUGCUGGUCUACUUCGACUACCUGACGCCCGAGGAGGUGUGCCCGACGGUCUCCGCCUACAGGGUCAACAAGGUCGCCUUCCAGCAGCCCACGCCCGUCCAGGUCUACGACUACUACGACACAUCCCGGCGCGCGAGGCGGUUCUACAAGGCCCUCCCGGCCACGCUCUGCGACAUCUGCGACCUGGACGAGUGCGACCCCGACCAGUGCCAGGACCAGAUCAUCGAACUCAACAGGCAGCUGCAGGACCCAGAGGACCUGGAGCUACCGGCCAUCGUGGAGCAGAUCUCCUCCGGCCCGCAGACGGCCUCGCCCUUCGCCCUCUGCCUGGUGCCCGCCUUCACCCUGGCCUGGCUGACGCGCUUCCUGGCCCCGUGAGCCUCGCCCCCCGCACCCUGGCGGCUCCUGGGUGACCUGAUCGCCGUCCAAGUCACUCUGUGUAUUCGUCUUUAUUUUGUGGUUUUUGCUCCCUUUUCUUUCUUGUUUUUGAGUUGACUUAAGGAAGGUCACUCACCCAGCGGAGGUCAGAGUUCGUCACUCACUCGCAGUGACCCUUCGUAUCUAAGGGAAAUAACUUGGAUUGGAGGUCACCGUUUAGGCGUGUAUAUAUGAGAUUUGUAAAUAGCAAUAUGAUAAGCUAAAGGGUUAUAUUCUGGAAGAAACUGACGUGGACUCGUAACUACCUGGUCAUUGUUCGUUAUUAAGGAAAUGCUUUUUGUGUUACUAAGGUCGGUGUGUUUCGUUCGGGCAAACUUGCUUGACCAUGUUGUGCGCGUGAGUGAUACGAGUAUUCUUUGAAUUCUUUGUUUAAUCUGAAUGAGAGUGGAUUUGCAAGUAUGAUACGUGCGUAACAAAUAACGAUCCAAUAUAUAUAUAUAUAUAUGUUAGAUAUACAUUUCCCCCGCUGAGAUAUUAUCAAUAGGCAUUCGUUGACUUGAAUCAUCAUGAUUAUCUGGUACUAACAAGCAAAUAACCAAAGAAAUCUUGAAAAACUUCCGUCCAGCAUAACUUCCCACUGAGACAGACGGCGCACCCUGCCGACAGAGCGGCACUAAUGCUAAACGUGAAAGAACAGAACCCUGAUCCUCCGGCCGGACGGAGCCGCGUGGCCAAGGCUGCGCCGCGGCGAGGGAAGGCGAGGCAACUGGCGCUUGUAGAAGGAGUCGCGGUUUAGGGAGGUUUUUGGGCGUCGGGGCUGACGGCGGCGGGCGCCUUCGCCCCACACGGGAUGCUGCAUCUAACUGAACUGCUGCAAAGAAUCGCUGACGCUUCGCCGGUCUCGUGUUGAAUCCGUGUCGAUUGUUGUAACUGUAAUAAACUGUACUUUUGG